CCUGUCUCCUCUCCCCGUGCAGGUGGGCGGGCGCGCGCCUCGCUGUUGCGGGUCUGGCUGAUGCCCUGCGCGCUCCCGCUUCUUGGAGGGAGCCGGGCGUCGGGGGCGCGCUGAGGAUGCUGCUGCUGGUCUGAUCUGAAGCUGCGGAUAGAGAGAGGCUGCUGCUGCUGAGUGAGAGUGUGUGUGAGCGGCGCUCCGGCGGACAGAGCAGCAUCACAUACACCCCGCAUCCUCCUAGCCGGCAGCGGAGCUGAGCAUCCUGCAGCAGAGUUUUCAAAAGACUUCAAUAUCUCUCUCUUGGAUUGUCAGCCUGCAGGGUGAUUCCAGUACUAUGGAUUUUUUUUGCUAAGUUUGAGCACAGCUUCUAUCAUUGCUCCCGUCUUCAUGACACUUGGUUGCAUAUUGUGAGGGAAUCUGUUGUGUUAAGAAGAAAGGCUUCUUUCUCUCAGCAGGAGUACACUAAGGCAGCUUAAAAUAAUGCAGAAGAAAAGAUUAUUCUCAAGCAGAGCUUCUUUGGCUCUUGUCUUGUGCCAAGUGAUUAUAGCACUGGAAGUGCCACUUGACCCAAAUCUUCUAGAGCAAUUACCACAGCCUCCAACUAUAACUCACCAGUCUCCGAAAAACUAUGUUGUGGAUCCGAGGGAGAACAUUUUGAUUCAGUGUAAAGCAAAAGGGAAGCCCCCGCCCAGCUUUUCGUGGACUCGCAAUGGCACCCAUUUUGACAUAGAAAAAGAUCCUUUGGUGACAAUGAAGCUCAACUCAGGAACCCUUGAAAUAAAUAUAAUGAAUGGAGGAAAGGCAGAGGCUUAUGAAGGGGAAUACCAGUGCUCUGCCAAAAAUGACCGUGGGACUGCGGUCUCAAACAAUAUUGUUGUCCGACAGUCUAGGUCACCACUCUGGACCAAAGAGAAAAUUGAGCCCAUUGUAAUCCAGCAGGGUAUGCCUCUGGUCUUACCAUGCAAACCUCCACGGGGUUUACCACCGCCUAUUAUAUUCUGGAUGGACAACUUCUUCCAGCGCUUGCCUCAGAAUGGAAGGGUUUCACAAGGUCUAAAUGGUGAUCUUUAUUUCUCAAAUGUCCAACCAGAGGACACUCGAGAUUUUUACAUCUGUUAUGCAAGAUUUAACCUUACUCAGACUAUCCAUCAGAAGCAACCCAUUUCCUUAAAGGUUUUGACAAUGGAUUCUUUGAAUGAAACUAUAGCUGCUAAUUUAACUGACACUGAUUUUUAUGGUGAUAGUCCAGUUGAUAACAGAAGUCCGACUUUUUUGGUUCCAACCGGCCAUAGAAGUAAUAAAACGGUGUUAAGAGAGGAAGUUCUUAUGCUGGAAUGUAUCGCUGAAGGACUACCUACACCAGAAAUACGCUGGAGUAAAGAAGGAGCCGAGUUGCCUAGUAACAGAGUUUUUUAUGAAAAUUUUAAUAAAACCCUAAAGAUAAUUGAUGUGUCAGAAGCAGACGCUGGCAAAUAUAGAUGCACAGCCCAAAAUAUCAGAGGUUCCAUACACCAUAUCAUAACAGUUACUGUCAAAGCUGCUCCUUACUGGAUCACUGCACCUAGGAAUCUCGUAUUGUCGCCAGGAGAGGAUGGGACAUUGAUCUGCAGAGCUAAUGGGAAUCCUCCUCCAACUAUUACAUGGUUAAUAAAUGGAGUUGCAAUUGAGUUGGCUCCCAAUGAUCCUAGUAGGAGGGUAGUUGGUGAUACAGUUAUAUUUACCAAGGUGCAGGAACGAGCCAGCGCAGUCUUCCAGUGCAACACCUCUAAUAUAUAUGGCUACAAGUUGGCAAAUGCAUUUGUGAAUGUACUAGCGGAAAAGCCACGGAUUCUAUCAUCACAAAAGGUUUAUCAAGUAAUUGCUAAUAGGGCUGCUUUGUUAGACUGCCCAUUUUUUGGAUCACCUGUUCCUAAUAUAGAAUGGUUUAAAGGCAAGCAAACCAGUAUUCUGCAUGGAAAUGGGUACGUCUUCCAUGAAAAUGGGACGUUAGAAGUACCAGUUGCACAAAAAGACAGCAAUGGCCCAUAUACCUGUAUAGCAAGAAAUAAAUUAGGAACAGCUGAAAAAACUGUUCAACUGGAAGUCAAAGAUCCUACUAUGAUUAUUUCUCAGCCAGAAUACAAGGUUAUUCAGAAACAUGGCAGCGCAUCCUUUGAAUGCAAAGUUAGGCAUGAUCCAACGCUGGAACCAGAGGUGUUAUGGCUGAAGGAUAAGAGUGACCUUGCCAUUGAUGAGAGAUACACUCUUGAUAAGGAACGUUUGAUUAUAAAGAAUGUAACAGAAAAUGAUGAAGGCACUUACACUUGUGUUGCAAACACUACCUUGGACAGCGUCUCAGCUAGUGCCAUGCUCACUGUAGUUGCAGCUACUCUGCCACCACCUGUAAAGAACGAUCGCCCAGACGCACCUUCGGAUUUGGAAUUGACUGAUGCUCUUGAAAGAAGUGUGCAGCUCUCGUGGGUGCCAGGAGAUGACAAUAACAGCCCUAUCACGGAAUUUAUCAUCGAGUAUGAGGAUGCCAUGCGAGAACCUGGAGUAUGGCACAUCCAGACCAAGGUCAGUGGUACACAGGCCACAGCCACUCUCACCCUAUCUCCAUAUGUCAACUACUCCUUCCGUGUCAUUGCUGUUAAUGAAAUUGGACGGAGUGACCCAAGUGAAUCAUCUGAACGUUAUAGGACAAAGGCAGCAGAGCCUGAUACAAGUCCAUCCGGUGUUAGAGGAAUAGGUACAGAGCCAGACAACUUGGUAAUCACCUGGAAACCUAUGAAAGGCUUUGAUUCUAAUGGACCUGGUCUUCAAUACAAAGUGAGCUGGAGGCAGAAAGACGUUGAUGAGGAAUGGACAUCUGUCACAGUUGCAAAUGUUUCCAAAUAUAUAGUGUCUGGCACUCCGACCUUUGUUCCAUAUGAAGUGAAGGUUCAAGCUUUAAAUGAUCUUGGGUAUGCUCCAGAUCCCACUAUUGUCAUUGGACAUUCUGGAGAAGACCUUCCAAUGAUUGCUCCUGGUAACGUUGAGGUGGAUGUCAUUAAUACCACUUUAGUAAAGGUUCAGUGGGAUUCUGUCCCUCUGACAUCUGUCCGGGGUCAUCUACAAGGAUACCGGGUCUACUACUGGAAAGCACAGAAUCCACUGAACAGGAAUAGGAGGCAUCUAGAAAAAUGGAUGCUCACCUUUGCUGGAAACAGGACCCAUGGAAUGCUCCCUGGGUUAUUACCCAAUACCAACUACUUUCUCAAUGUCAGAGUGGUCAAUGGGAAAGGGGAGGGUCCUUCCAGCAAGGAUAAAUACUUUGAGACCCCAGAAGGAGUUCCCGGUAUGGCGGUUUUACAUAUUACUCAUCAAACUCCUGAGUCAUUAACUUUGACAUGGAGCCCACCUGUACAUCCAAAUGGGGUCCUGACACAGUAUACUCUGAAGUACCAGUCAAUAAAUGCCACACAUGAACUAGGCCCACCAGUUGAACUUACAAUCCCUGCAAAUGAGUCAAGUUAUGUUUUAAAAAACUUAAACCAAAACACGAGGUACAAGUUUUACUUUUAUGCGCACACUGCUGUGGGACCUGGCAGCCAAAGCACCCAGGAAGCUAUAACUGCUAUGGAUGAAGGUAAGAUGGAACCCUUUUUUGCCACUUCUACUGUCAUGCACAAUGUUCAUACAACGUACUACAGGGCUCAACCAGUAAUUCCACUGAUCAAGAAUGUCACUGCUGCGGAAACAUCAGCCACUAUCCUGUGGAAUUUUGAGAAUCCAGAUGUCAAGCUCUAUGUUAAAUAUGUAGAAAUGAGCAAAGAAGACUGGAAGGAGGAAUCUGUAAAUGGUACUCGGAGCGUCUUUGUAUUAAAAGGUUUAUCUCCUGGGACAUCAUAUAUAGUUCGGGUUUAUUCUGAUGAUCACACAGAUAUGUAUUCAGAAGAAACAUUUCAUACAGGUCCAGCCAUGGCCAGUCGACAAGUGGACAUUGCUACACAGGGAUGGUUUAUUGGUCUGAUGUGUGCUGUGGCCCUCCUUAUAUUAGUUUUGUUGAUUGUUUGUUUUAUACGAAGAAAUAAAGGUGGAAAAUAUCCAGUUAAAGAAAAGGAAGAUGCCCAUGCAGACCCUGAAAUCCAGCCAAUGAAAGAGGAUGACGGAACAUUUGGGGAAUAUAGUGAUGCAGAGGAUCAUAAACCUCUUAAAAAAGGAAGUCGGACUCCCUCAGACAGAACUGUGAAAAAAGAAGACAGUGAUGACAGUUUAGUUGACUAUGGAGAAGGAGUAAAUGGGCAAUUUAAUGAAGAUGGCUCCUUUAUUGGACAAUACAGUGGUAAAAAAGAAAAAGAACCCGUAGAAGGCAAUGAAAGUUCAGAGGCUCCGUCUCCAGUCAACGCCAUGAAUUCCUUUGUCUAGUCACCAUCAAGUGGUCAUAUUCUCUUUUGCAAACUGCCACGUUCCAUUCAAUGCACUCAGUUAUUAUUCGUGAUUAUGUGGAUAUUCACAGGAUGCGGAGGCAUAUUCAUACAUUCAACAGUACUUUCAGAUCACAAUCUCUUGUAAAUGGUACAACAGUAUAUGUCAGUGUGAUUGUACAACAUUGCCAUCUCUUUGUUCAGGACAUAAUUGUUUUUAACAAUGUUCAGGAACUGACUCUAAAUCUACAAUGUAGCAAAAUGAUUCAUAAUCCUAUUUCCUAUAUGAAAACUAUAAAUGCAUGAAAUGGUAAACAUUUCACAUACCAAGCGAUGUAUGUAAGCCAUGGUUUGUUCCUUUGUAAUGCAGUCCUUGGUCCGACGCCUGGGUAUAGAAUCCGUUUCCCUCAUCAGUAUUAUAUUAUUGUUACAGUGUGUAGAGCUUCAAUGUCUACGUAAGUGGACAUUGCUGGUGAAGUUGGUGAGUUUAUUGUAUACUAUACCAUGUCUUUUUUAAAAGACUACAAAAUAAAUUACAUACAGUAUAUAUAUAUAUAUAUAUAUAUAUAUAUAUAUGCUAAAUAAUUUAGUAUGACACAUGUAUUCGCUGAGGCUUACUCAGAUCCAAAAUAUGCUCUUGGCACCUAUUAUUUUAUAACCUCUCAACAUAUAAAGUGUUACACGUACUGUGUUGUAAUUUGUACUCUGUGUAAAAAGCAGUUUAUUUAGGUUCCACAGUGAUUAGCUUUGCAAUGCAUUCUGGGAUUUGUAUUUUCACAGUCACUGAGGGGCCGGUGGAAUGCCCCAUUGUCUUCAUGAACCCACACGCAUACUGUUCAGUGCCUUUAUUUGAUAUGCAUUCCAUGGUGCACUGCUCUGCUGGAUAAGUUGGCACAGUACCCAGUCAUACUGGUGAACUACAGUAUCACGAUUGCCAAAAAUGUAAAUUUUGUAAAUGAUAAAGAAGUUAUGAAAAAACAUUAUACUCAAAUGGAAAAGAAUCUUCUCUAUUGUAAAUUGCAAUAGCCUAGAUGCUGCAGGUAUACAGUUCACUGAUAUUUAUAUGAACAGCCGCAAGUGCAUAGCACUAAUAGUGACCGCACUCGGCUUGCAGUGACCCUCACACCUCUUAUAGAUAAGGCUGCUGAUUGGUUUAUCGGUAAGCAUCUGCACAACACCUUGUCAGAAAUGUAUCCUAGGUUCCCGCAAGAAACAAGAAUAAAAUCCUGCAAAAGAGAACGCUGCUAACAAAGAUUUAGUAGAGACGGAUAGCUAUCAUCCGUGACAAAAUAUAUUUAUCUUGAUUAUCUAAACUAUUCCAAUACUGUGGUUUAGCUUCAUAUGAAAUUAUAUAACAGCCUAUGGUUGAAGCAAUGCUCAGUUUCAUUUGCCAAUAAAUUGCAUUUUCAUAACUUGCAUCAAGUUUAAUUUUAAGUAAGCUUUUAUAUGUAGAUAUUUUGUUCAAUUUGUAAAUAUACAGAAAUAUUAGAUGCUUUAUGCUUCUAGAUGUUACAAAGAAAUAAAGCAAAGGUUAUGUUGUACUGUGUAAGAAGAGAUAUAGCCUGUGGAGUGCAUGGUAUUUUUAAGGCAUAUACUUAAAUGCAUAUAUUUUGCUGUGAAAAUGACAUAGUGAACUAUUGUUCUUACUGCAGACAUCCUUACCUUGUGCCAGUAUGUUAUAUUUUGUCAUCCCUCCUCUUAGAAACUUCCGACUAAAGCACAAGUUUGGUAGCUGUGUACACACUCCUGUUCCUCACCGCACCUGCAUUCUCUGCAUUCUGUUUGUCCUCGGUCCCAGAAAUCCAACCACUUUUGGUGUAUUGGUGGGACCUGAAGAUGUGCAAAUAAAUUAUCCAAAUGAAAUGUCAAAGCACAAUAAGACGAUAUCUGGAGAGAAAAAUAUGCUUUAGUAGGUUAUUGGUGGCUGCGAUGGUCUUUUAUCAAGGGAGAAUCACUGUGACAUAAUUCUGUGUUGUGUCAAUUUAUAUAGCAGAAGGUGUGUCUGCUUGUCAGGGUUCCAUAUCUGCAUUCAUAGAGAUGCUAUAAGCUUCAUAUUGUGGCUCAGCUUUAUAAUUGACACUAGAGAGCAUGAGAAUUGUGCCUUAUUCCUUGAUCAACGACCUCCAGACGAGCUAACACAAGUGUGCAUGUUUUGGGUCACUUGCCGACACUCUUGUGUAAAACCAACAUUUUGUAUAUUAAUAAAUGUAUUAAAAUUUCAA